AUGAUUGUAGUGAUGGGCGUAACUGGGUCGGGAAAGAGUUAUUUCAUCAAUAAGCUCGCAGGUCUCCCUGCAGUCGCAGAAGGGUCUCAAUUGGACUCAUGUACACAGCGAUGUGAGGUGGUUCCCGUCUCAAUUGGAAGCACUCGGACUCUUCUCAUCGAUACGCCUGGUUUUGAUGAUACCGGCCGUACAGACUCGGAUAUCCUGACUGAGAUCGCAAGACUGCUUGCCAGCCAGUACACUCUCGGUUUUCAGUUAAAGGGGAUCAUCUAUGUCCACCGCAUUACGGAUAACCGUUAUACAGGCUCGGCCGUUAAAACGUUCGAGAUUUUUAGGCGAAUCUGUGGAGACGAGGCGAUGAAGAACCGCCAACUUCGCGAGAAAUUCUGGGCUUACAUGCUUGGUCGAGGCUCAUGUAUGAAUCGCUUUCACGGCGAUCGCGAUUCAGCUCGGACCAUUGCUGCCCAGCUACUUAUCAAAGAAACAGUCACCUUGAAGCUCCAGGAAGAAAUGGUCAAUGAUGGCAUGCAAUUAAAUGAAACAACUGCUGGCUCAUAUGUCAGCGACGGCCUCGAAGACCUAAAAGCAAAAUACGAGAGAGAAUUGCAAGCCCUCGAGGAUCUUCGAAGAGAGCUCCAAGAGAGCGAUAGAAUGAUGAAGCGCCAAGUGCAAUUGGACAUACAGCGUGAGAGGGACCGGCUCAAAAGCGCUGAACAGCAACAGGUGAGUCUUGGACGGGACAUCGCGAGGGAAGUCCAAGAGGAAAUUCGGAAGGAGACUAAAAGGCAAAGGUUCGUCAGAGGGCUCAAUAAAGCCCUUCCGUUCGCCCCAAUCGCUAUCAAUAUACUGCUUCUUUUUGUCGGCGUGCCCCCAGGCGUAGGCGAUUUGUUUACUUCUUGGAUAGGGGGACUGCUUGCUGGGGACUCAUCUGGCUAG